AUGUCUGCAUUUGUCGUUCUUAUCUUUGUUUUGAUAUUUCUUUUAUAUUGGAAGUUGAUUCGUCCAGGAAAACAGAUCUAUAAUGUACUACGAGAUCAAGGCAUACCAUGUGAGCCUUUUGUACCUUUUUUUGGUCAAUUACCUCGAUUGUAUCAGUAUCGAAAACAAAAUAAAAUAAUGAAAUUUCAUGAAGAAUUAUGUACAAAACAUGGUUCAAUAUUUAUGUUUAAUCUUGGUGUAUAUCCACGUCUUGUUGUGCAAGAUGCUGAUUUAAUCAGUGAUAUACUUGGACGAGCACAUGCACAGAAUUAUUACAAACCGAUUGAUCUUAUUUGUCGUCUUAAACCACUUAUUGGUUUACAUAAUCUUUUAAUUAGUAAUGGAAAUGAACAUGAACGAGCAAGAACAAUGUUAAAUCCUGGUUUUUAUUCCGAAAAUCUUCGUUCAAUGGUAUCAAUUAUGACAGAUCAUACAUCUAAAACAAUUGACAGACUACUUGAAUCAUGUGAAGAAUCAAUUAAUUUACAAAAAGAACUUAGUUUUCUUACAUUAAAAAUAAUUGCAUCAAGUGCAUUUGGUGAAAAUAUUGAAACAAUGACUGAUGCAACAGAAAUUGUUUGUGAAGCAUUUAUUGCAGCAUUAGAUGCUAUUAUUAAUCGAACAUUAUUAUUAAUAGAUCAAAUUCCAUUGUUUUCAAGAUUACCAUUUUGGGGUAAAGAUAUUGUUGAUAGAGGCUGUGAAAAAGCUUUAAAUUUUGUUGAACGUAUUAUUGCUGAUAGAAAACAAGGCCGUACAAAAAAUAUGUGUCAAGGUGCAGAUAUUCUUGAUUUACUUCUACAAGCUGUUGAUUGUCAUGGAAAACAUUUUACUGAUGAAGAAAUUCGACAAGAAGCAAUGGUCUUUGUUCUUGCUGGCCAUCAAUCAACAGGUGAUCUUAUGGCAUGGAUUAUGUAUGUAUUAAUGACAAAUCCAUCUGUAUUAUGUGCUUGUCAAGAGGAAGUUGAUCGAGUUUUACCAAAUGGUAUGAUUCCAACAUAUGAAAUAUUAAAUAAUUUAAAUGUUUGUGAAUCUGUUAUAUAUGAAACAUUACGUUUAUAUCCACCAAUACCAUAUUUUGUUCGUCAAUGUAUACGUGAACAUAUUAUUAGUAAUCCAGAUCAUCAAUUUUAUAUACCUGUUGAUGCAACUAUUCUAAUCAAUACAUAUUUAAUUCAUCGUCACCCUAAAUAUUGGCCUCGACCGCUUGAAUUUGAUUAUACACGAUGGAUGCGUCAUCCAAUCACAGGGUUCAGACCUAAAUUGGCUCAUCCUUACUGUUAUUUACCGUUUGCUUCAGGACCACGUAAUUGUAUUGGUCAAAAUUUUGCAUUACUUGAAGCAAAAGCUAUAUUAGCUAUGUUCAUUCAACGAUGUAAUUUUGAACUUCAGCCUAAAAAUCAAAAUAUUACGAUGGAUAUUCGAAUUACAAUGCGAUCAAAAUUUGGAUUAUUUAGUAAAAUUACUAAAAGACGGUGA